AUGUCGUCCACCGGUGUUGCGAUCACCAACCCAUUGGUGCUAUAUCGCAGUCUCAUCGCUACGCAGAAGAUCCGACCUGAUCCCGCUCAGCAUCGCCUCGCCUUGCACUUACAGAAACUCUAUGAUCGACUGAUCGACUAUGAACCGACUGUAGAGUAUUCGAAACGACUGCAGCAACUUUCCCGGGCAGUUGGUUCAGAUCAAAAUGCUGCAGCAGCCCCAACAGAUACGCAUGCCAAUCGCUUUGGCAGAAGGGGCGUAUGGACAUCGCUACUUGCCGAGAAAGAGAAAAGAGAUUCAGUAGCUUUGACUCGUGUUCUAACUAGCCAUGAUGAGGCCAUGCAGUUACAGAGCCCCAAAGGCCUUAUGCUGCACGGUGAAGUUGGAACUGGCAAAUCAAUGCUUAUCGACUUGUUUCAAGAAUGUCUGCCCAAUCGCAAGAAGCGGCGUUGGCACUUCAAUACUUUCAUGCUCGAUACCAUUUCCCGACUUGAGCAACUUCGAAUAUCUAGGUCAUUAGUAGCCGGCCCAGGAGCACCCAAUGACGAGUAUUCAUUGCUUCUCGUUGCACGUGAUCUGAUCGAGAAGUCGCCGAUUCUCUUCCUAGAUGAAUUUCAACUUCCAGACCGUGCCGCGAGCAAGAUUUUGUCUAACCUCAUGACGUCUUUCUUCCAGCUCGGCGGCGUUCUCAUCGCAACGAGCAACCGCAUGCCAGAGGAGCUUGCUAAGGCUGCAGGAAUGGAGUUCUCACGACCAGUGCACCGUCUUAGUCGACUAGGCUGGAGCAUGACCAAGAGUUCGUACAUAAGGAGAGAUGACGGAGCGGGGCAGCUGGGCGAGUUUUCGGCAUUCCUGGAAGUACUAAGAGCGAGGUGUGAGGUCUGGGAAAUGGAAGGGAAGAAGGAUUAUCGAAAGCUGGAAUUGGAAGACGCAAAGGAAACUCCUGAACGGAGGGACAGCGUACAAGUUUCCGUGUCUGAGACUCUGGAUGCUAUUGAUUCGGCCACGACUUUGACUGCUACUGGCGCAACGAGUACAGCAGAGGAUUCUACAUCCACCGAGACUGCAUCCGCCCUACCAAAGAACUAUCUCAUCCAGCCCCAAACUGCAGAAACCAUGAUUGAAUUCGGUGAAGCUUUCAACUCCCUGGUUGAACAGGCAACACGCCACGAAUACCCGAUUCCCUGGGCUCCUGCCACCUUGACUGUAUACAACCGCGCUCUCCACGUCCCCGCCCAGUACAACGGUGUAGCCUUCUUCACCUUUGCCGAGCUAUGCGGUGCCGUGCUCGGUCCCGCCGACUACAUUACGCUCGCCUCUACAUACCACACCUUCAUCAUCACCGACGUACCCAUCAUGGGUCUACUCAUGAAAAGUGAAGCUAGACGCCUCAUAACCCUACUUGACGCCAUGUACGAAGCCCGCUGUCGACUAAUGAUUACCGCCGCCGCUGCCCCAGAUAAGAUAUUCUUUCCCGCACACCCACCUUCUUCUUCAGCAACAGACGGAGAAACGCUCGAUACCGACGCCGUACACCCCGAAACCUACUCUGAAAUCUACCAAGAUCUCAACUCCCCUUUUCGCCCAAACAUCUCGUCUUACGCUGGCUCUAGUCAUAACAUGCUAUCGGACGACGCACUUGAAGAUGACCCUCCAAACCGCAUGCGCAGACCCGAUUCUUCGUACACGGAUGAGCGCCGCUUGGGUCCUGGAUCUCCUGACUUUGCCAAUAUCGGGGGACUAACGGGUGAAGAUGAGAAAUUCGCGGUUAAACGAGCUGAGAGCAGGAUUUACGAAAUGUGCUCAGGGAAAUGGUGGGAUCGUGCUGCGAACGUCGAUACGAUAGAUUGGUGGCGCCCUCUUCCGCUGGAGAAUCGGCAUUGGGAACACCGCGUCUCGUCGUCUGCUGCCUAUCCUGCUGCACCGACGUCGAGUACGUUGCCGCCGAAUACCAAGGUCCUGUCUGCAGAAGAGCGCGAGAGAGACAGGCAGAGGGAAAUGGAGGAUAUGUUUAAGCACGGGGCUAGUCCGUUCCGGGUGCAUCCUGAUGCACCGCCAAAGUUUAGCUGGACACAUGCAUGGGGGAUGGUGAGAUGGGGGAAGAAGGCUGGGGCUUGGGGGAAGGGAGUAGAGGGAUUGGGAGAGAAGGUUAAGGAGAAGAUGGAUGAGGGCGUAGAAGACAAGAACAAGAAGAAAGACGCAUAG